UCUUUUCUGGAGAGAGGUAAAGAGCUAUGUCCCAAGAGCUCUCUGCAUAUCUUUUUUUUUUUAAGAUUUAUUUUAUUUAUAUGAAUACACUGUAGCUGUCUUCAGACACACCAGAAGAGGGAUGGUUGUGAGCCACCAUGUGGUUGCUGGGAAUUGAACUCAGGACCUCUGGAAGAGCAGGUCGGUGCUCUUAACUACUGAGCCAUCUCUCCAGCCCUCUGCAUAUCUUAAUACACAAACAAGAUACACUGAGGGCUCAGGAUGCAGCUCAGUAGUAGAGUGCUUGCCUAUCAAGCAUGUGUGGGUUAGUGACGCUCUGGGUGCAAUUCCUAACAACACAGCAAACAGUAGUGAGACCUUGGUUCUUGGGGGGAGGGGCCAGGACAGCCACCUGGAUAGAACAGAACAGCAGAGGCUGUCCCCCGGGUCCAAAGUGAUGGGACUUCUCUCCUACCGACUCCCCCUGGAUUUCCAUACUGAUCAAAAGCCUACAGUCAGAGCCAAAAUAGAAACGUAAUCCGUUUCAUGCUGCGGCAUUUUCGAAUUAGGCAACCUUGCAUCCAUUGCUUCACGUCUCUGGCCCUGCCUUCCACUUAACAAAAAGAAGCUGGACUAAAAGAAUUGCUCCCAACUAGUAUGUCAAUGUUAUCUGCACAAUCUUCUAGCAUAGUCAUACAAAUACAGCAUCCUUAUCACUGGGCUGAACUAGGAAAUUUAUAAAACAAACACCUGAGACCUGAGAUUGUGGUGCCCGAUGGAUUAGGGAAACUAGACGACAUGUUUCCUUAGCCUUCCCGAUGAAGACAUCAGAUCUCUUUCGUCUAAUUUUUACUUUUGUGGGGUUUUUGGGGUGAGGAAGUGAAUUGAGACAAAGCCUCCCACAUUGUCCUGGCUGGCCUUGAACUCACAAUGCAGACUAUGCUCCCUUAAACACAUAGAGGUCCACUUGCCUCUGAGUGUUAGACCUAAAGGUGUGUUCCAACAUAUGCAGUCCUACUUUAUUUUUAUUUUGUUUUCUAAACAGGCUUUCUCUGUGUAGCCCAGGCUAUCCUGGGGCUCACUUUGUAGACGAGGCUGGCCUCAAACUCAGAGAUCUUCCUGUUUCUGCCUCCUAAGGGCUGGAUUUAAAGUAUGCUGCCACCACCACCUGGCUAGUUUUGAAUUUUUUUCUGAGAUAAGGUUUUGAUGUAGCCCAGGCUAGCCUCAGAUUCACUAUGCAGCCCAGGAUAACCUUGAUUACCUUCCUAACUCCAUCCCUCAAGUAUGGCGGUUACAGGUGUGUGCCACUACACGCAUGGCUUGGUAUUAGACUUUUUCUUCUUAAUCUUGUUGAGACAGGAUCUCACUAUGUCAUCCUGGCUAGCCUAAAACUUGCUGUAUAGACCAGGAUGGCCCUGAACUCACAGAAAGCCACUUGCCUCUGCCACUGCUUUAAAACUUGGUUUGGGGAACUUGUUAUUCUCACAGAGGAGCUGGGUUUCAAUUUCUAACAACUUCAUGUCAGCUCAAAACCAUUCAUAACACCAAUUCCAGGGGAUCUGAUACCCUCUGCAUUCAUAUACAUAAAUCUCUCUGAAAAGAAAGAAAGACACCUUUAAUCCUAACACUUGGGAAGCAGAGGCAGGAUAAUUUCUGUUUCAGGCUAGCCUGGUCUAUAUAGUGAAAUCAGGCCAAUCAGUCUUCCCAAGUGAGGUCCUGAGAAAGCAGUGUCAAUUGGAGAGAAAACAGCCACAGGAUAUGAAAAGGUCAGGCAGACUGAGUUUGGGACAAUAGCUGGGCCCUCAGGGACCCCAACCCUGCCUAAAGGGUGGUUGUGAGAGAUUCCUUAAAGAGGUGAUAUUCCUACUGAGAGUGGAAGAGGAAGAGAGAACCCUCACAAAGAACUGAACUUUUCAGAGGGAACAGUGUAGAGAGGCCUGGAGUGGACAGAGAAGGGAGAGCCUCUGGAACUCAAAGCAUGCACUGUGAAAUCACUGGUGUGGAGUGAGGUGGGGGUGGGAAGCCGAAAGGCAGGAGGAGGGAGUCAUGUCACCAAGGGAGAGCUCAGUGAUCCGGGUUGGAGGUUUCAGCCUCUCCCAAGGGCAGUGUCAGGGCUGGGGUACAGCCUAGGGGGCCAAGAUUGUGGACAAGGUUAUUUAAGAGUCUACUGCAGCCAGAAAUGCCAGACGUGGCUCAUGCCUUGUAGAAAAAUGCAGAGAUGAGAGUUUAUGCUAUGUAAGCGGCAGCCAUGGGCCCUUUCACUAGGACACAUUCUGUCUGCCUCCAAAGAGGUGUCUCAACUCUUUCAGAUGUAUACUUCAUUUCUCUGCUUAGUAAUUUCAUCUUUUCCUCCUCUGGUUGAGAAAGGUUUGAUGUAAACAUCUAUACAAAACAAUCAAAGGAGAACCUAAUCACAGCCGCCAGGGUGUUUAGAACAACAUGCUGAUUUUAUCUAGUGCUUCUCAAAGUACUCUAAUCUUUAAGAGAACACGCCAUUGCCACAUCAAGGCAGGGGCUUUGGUUUACACAAUCAAACCGUAUUUUUUUUUUAAAGGAAAUGUCUACAUUGCGGGUGGGUUUUUUUUUUUUUAAAAUGGAGAAGAAUUGUUCCAAACAUAACUCUAAAUCCAUCCUCCAUAGAAGCAGCUCGGGGACGUCUCUGCACAAAGUGCACACACAGAGACACACGCAGAGCUGAGCAGUCUGACCCCAUUUCGGUCUGAUCUUCUGCCACACCUGGCAGCCUUGGGUUUUGAUUUAGCUUUCUUUCUUCCUAUUGAAGCCCAGGGUGGCCUGCAAUUUGCCAUCCUCCUGCCUCAGCCUCUUGAGUGCUAACAUUACUGGCCCCCAUCUAGAGGGGCAUGGGUUCUGAUUUUUUUUUUUUACUUCUCUCCCUUCCUAUACAAACAUCAAAGCUGGUGGCAGCCCAGACGAAGAUCUGCUUGUAAAAAUGUUUUCAUGUAGGGUAGUGGUGGUGCACGCCUUUAAUCCCUGCACUCAGGAGACAGAGCCAGACAGAUCUUUGUGAGUUUAAAACCAGCCUAAUCUACAGAGCAAGUUCCAGGACAGCCAUGGCUACACAGAGAAUGAGAGAGAGAGAGAGAGAGAGAGAGAGAGAGAGAGAGAGAGAGAGAGAGAGAGAGAAAUUGAUUUAUGCCUUCCAGGACAUUUGUUUCUUCUGCCCAUCACCUUGGUUGGUCUACAUGGUCCCUAGGGACUAAACAGCUCCAGGUGUGUUUUGCAUUGAUGGGUAUAGAAUUACUGGAAGAUACAUAAAUACACAAACAUUCAACAUUGCUGAAGAUGGCUGGGGCCAAAGUUCCCACCAUGCUCAAGGAGCAACACAGACCCUGACUGGUUGAGACUAAAGGAGCCCUUGAUAGCUCUGGCCUGCAGUUUGAACUACCUUGAGCACAUCAUUAUAAAUGUUGUCACUCUAGCCAUGCUGCACCGCUGGGGGAUGGUAUGUGUUUGAUUAACUAAAUAUUCAAUAAACCUACACAUGCAUUUUAAAGUGAGGUCCAUCCUUAAGACUAUCCAUCAAGUUCCUUCCUUUGUUGUUUUGCUUUCUUCUGAGACAAGGCCUCUUUCUAGCCCAGGCUGUCUUGGAACUCACUAUCUAGAUCUGGCUUGCCUCACACUCACGGCAAGUCUCCUGCCUCAGCUUUCUCAGUUUUUCAGUUCACCAUGCCAAGUCACAGAGUUGAAGACCCUAAAGAAAGUCCUCAGGAUAUAGCUGUAGUCUAUUCAAGCCUGGAGGAGCUGGAAGGAGACAGAUGCUUUGUGGAGGUGGACCUGCAAACAGUGGGGUUACAGUCUAGGCCAACCCAGAAUGUACUUUGGAUGAAGAACAUUCCUCAGACACAACCAGCUGAGUCCCCUCCUUCCAAGUGAAUAACAAGCUCUUCAAGAGAGAUGGGACCAUUCACUCCCAAGGAAUACACCAUUACUUCAGGAGCUCUUAUGUAAAAUGGGGAAAGAAAGACCAGACCACCCAGGGACAUCAACCAAACAUGGCACAAGAAGACACAAUAAUACCAGACAUCAAGGCUGGGUUUUCCCUGAGCUCUAAUGGAAGAGACCUGAUGGAGACCUCCAACCAGGCUCUCUCUCCACAUAACGUUUGCCUGGGUAUCUCUGCACUCAGGCUCGUCAGCCUCCAGAGGAAGCCUCCCUGAUGACAGUGGGACUAAGUACCUAUCCAUGAAUAUAGCAGAACAGCAUUAGGAACCAUUUUGUUGUUUUUUUUUGUUGUUGUUGUUUUUGGUUUUUUGCUUGUUUGUUUAACUCAUUCACUUGAACGUUUAUUUUUAAGUUUUGGUUCGGUUUGGUUUUUCAAGACAGGGUUUCACUGUGUAGCCUUGGCUGUCCUGGAACUCACUCUGUACCCCAGGCUAGCCUCAAACUAACAGAGAUCCACCUGCCUCUGCCUCCUGAGUGCUGGGAUUAAGGGUGUUCACCAACACCGUCCAGCUUUAUUUUUAACAUUUAAUCCCAUUUAUUGAUUGAUUCAUACUCAAGACAGGGUUUUACUGUGUAGUCCUGACUGCUCUGGAACUCGCUCUGUAGACCAGGCUGGGCUCCAACUCAGAGAUCCUGCUGUGAAGCCUCCUGUGUGCUGGGAUUAAAGCAAUGUGCCAACACCGCCCAGCUCAUUUAUUUCCUGUGUGUAUGUUUGUGUGUGGGCAAGUGUACCACAGCAUGUGUGUGGAGGUUCAGAGGACAACUUGCAGGUCUGUGACAAUGGCUUUCACCCCUCUGAGUCAUCCCAUUGGCCCCCAUAUUUAAUUUCACACAUUAUUUCCCAUUCAACCACAGGGUUUCUCUGAAGCUCAUUCACAUACCUUUGGGUGGGGGUAGGACAAGAUCAGUGUGCCUUGGAGCUAGAACUGGGUGUCCUAAAAACAGAAUGUACAUGCUGGGAAGUGCGGCAGACAACUUGAGACCUGCAGGAGAGCAACUGAGCAUUAGAGGACACAGAGUUUGAGGUGGGCCACCCAGGUAGGAGGGCAGUAGACAGGAUUGGCGGCAGGCACUCCAGACAAUGAUACAACAGGUACCAGAAGGAGGAAGGGAGGAGGUGCCGGUUAAAGGCACAGGGCAUCAUUUAGCUAGUGAGGCUUCUUCAGUCUCCUCCCAGGCGCCAACUCUGAGCAGUGUCCUCCAGUCCAGGGAAGAGCAGCUGGUGGCUGGGCUGCUUACAGAAGCUGUGAUGUAAGGGCCCGCUUCACCCGGCAAAGCGUAAAGUAUUUUGUCAGCUACAAUUUCCAGAGGUUAAACAGCCUCCCUGGAUAAAAGCCCACCCAACUGUGUCAUUAAUUUCUCAGGGGACAGUCACCUCCCAAAGCUGGAGACAGGGUCACCUGACCUCAAGCCUUUCACAGACAGCUUGCCCUCUGGCUCCCCACUUCUUUUGCACCUCUAAAGACAUUGGCCCCACUGCCUGGUUAUGCCCACGCCUCCCUACAUCUGGCCGCCCACACACAAAGCUCAUUUGUUCUCUGCAGCUGGCCUACCAUCUGGCUGCCACCCUUAUUAAAGUUGACAUCAGGCCACUGUCUCCUUACCGUACCCUUGCUUCGCUGAUGGCUCAGUGACACCUUACGUUAUUCUCAGCCCUGAAGAGAGCUGGAUACGGUUUCCAGAGUAGACUCACUCUGUCGUCAGAGGCAACACGCAGACCAAUUCCCCUAGCCUCAAACUCUUCCUCCCCACCUUUCUUUUCAAUUCCUUGAGUCAGGGUCUUACUAUGUGGCUCCAGGAUGAUUUGGAACUUCCCUUGUAGCCCAGGCUAGUCUCAAACCUCACGUCUCUGGCUUAGCUUCUUCAGGACUAGGGCUACAGAUGAGUGCCGCCGCACCGAGAUUCCUCCUCAAUUCUUUUCAGGGGCCACCAAGAGUAAACAUGAGGCUCCCGGACAAUCUGGAGCAAAGCCUGUGCUUAUGUGUUGCUUUGCCCUGACCUGGGCUGUCAUAUCCAGGGCGGGGACAUUGUCUCCCACAAGGCUGCUGUCACCUUCUAUCCCACCCUCACAGCCUAGUUCUGAACUCUUAUCACAUAGAUUCCAUCUUCUUCCAUGAGGAGGAUGCCUUGCUUUGCAAUGCAGUGUACCCUGUUCUUGGGAUGGAAUGACAAAGACUACCGUGAUGGGUAGGGCAGGGGAAGAGGAGCUCAGAGAGACAUCACCAUGCUCUGUGGUAGCUCCCCCCAACCCCAGCAUCUAUGGAACUGGGAGAGCUCUCUCCUCCAGAGCACUAGUGCCCAAGGCGAAACCUUUAUAAGUCACACUGGAGUGAUUAUGAGAGAUUCUUACUAAGACGUUUCUAAGAACAAGAGUGCUCCAGGCAAACAGAGCUCCAGCCUUGGCUGCUGUGGAGGACAUAGCCCAGAUGAGUGGACACCAAGUUCUGGGGCUCUGUGCCAAGGGUAUCCACAAAAAACAAACAAAAAAACACCAAAAAACAGCCUUUCUGUCCCACCUCCCACCUUCCGGGUUCUAGUCACAGGACUGUGUGCUGAGGACACAUCCAGGCUGUGGGAGCAGGCUCCUCUUGGGGGCUCUAUCCUCUAGGUUAUCAGGUACCUGAAGAGACACCUGGAUGUACCAGGAGCACAUUUUUCUGGAAGUGAAAGGCUGGGUACUGUGGGAGGAGGAACUGAAUGAAAAUCUCUGAAAUCCUUCUAGGUUAGAGUGUUUGCGUAGCAUGCACUAGGCUCUAAGUUCUAUCUCCAGUAAAGGGAAAAAAAGAGGCAUCAUUAAUUUGGGGGCUGGGGGUUGGUAGAAUGCUUGCCCAGAACGCAUGAAGUCCUGGCUCCACUCCCAAUGCCCCGUAAAGCUGGUGUGCCUGUAAUCUCGGUGUUGUCGUUCUCUGCUAUGUACUGAGCUUGCGACUGGCCUGGGCUACAUGAGACCCUGUCUCAAGAGUAAAUAAAUAAAAAACCUGAGAUGGCUUAGUGGGUAAAGUCACGUGCAGCCAAGCCUGAGGGCCUGAGUUCAUUCCCUGGAAUCCACAUGGUGAAAGGAGAAACUGGCUACUGCAGACUGCCCUCUGGUCUCCUGAUGUAUAAGCACACACACGCACACACACACUCACACACACACAUACACACACACACGCAUGCAUGCACACACACAUACAUACACACAUACACAUAUACACUCAUUCACACCACACACACAUACACUCACACACACACACGCAUGCAUGCACACACACAUACAUACACACAUACACAUAUACACUCAUUCACACCACACACACAUACACUCACACACACGCAUGCAUGCAUGCACACACACAUACAUACACACACACAUACACAUAUACACUCAUUCAUACCACACACACACACUCACACACACGCAUGCAUGCAUGCACACACACAUACAUACACACACACAUACACAUAUACACUCAUUCAUACCACACACACACACUCACACAUAUACACACACACACUCAUUCACACACACAUACACACACACUACACAUGCACAUAUACACACACCACAUACACACAUACUCAUACACACACACAUACAUACACACAUGCAUGCAUGCACGCAAUAUACACACGCAUACACAUAUAUACUCAUUCACACUACACACACACAUACACUCAUACACACAUACACAUACAUACACACACAUAUACACACCACACACACUCAUACACACUCAUAUACACACCAUACACACUCAUAUACACCCACACACACAUACACACACACCACACACACACACAAACACACACACACACACUAAAUGUAAUUUAUAAAAUGUAUUUUUCAGAAAUUUAAAAAAAAUUAGCCAGGCAUAGAGCCAUACACCUUUAAUCCCAGUAACCUGGAAGGUAGAGGCAGGUGGAUCUCUGUGAGUUCCAGGCCGGCCUGACCUACAUAGUGAGACCCUGUUUCAAAAUAAAUAAGUAAAUAUUAAUAAAAAAACCAAAAUAAUAAAAGUGUUAGACGCGAGUCUCUUCCUGUCUGUGCGCCUGGCUCAGUGCCUCUUCUGAGUGCUACACUCUCUCUUACCGUGUGGGCUCAGUACUUUCUACAUCGAUUUCCCAGGAUCAAUUCAAGGAGGAAAAAAAGUGUCAUACAGAAGGAUUCUAAAGCCUGGGCAGAUGAAAGGGAUUACAGUGAAGACCCAGAACACUCAAAUCCACUAGAUAACUUCUCUUUUAAGCAGCUUGGUAGACGUCCCAGAGAUGUGCCGGUUGUAAUUACAGGAAACUGUGAAAUGUGUCCCUUAUAUGGUCAAAGGGACUUGUCAGAUAUGAUUAAGAAUCUUGAGAUCUGAAGAUUAUCUCAGAUUAUCCAUUGACCCCUUUAAGCAGAAACUCACUAAAGAGGGUGGGAGAAGAGCCAGGGUCAGAGAGGGUCCUAGGGUGAGGCCAGAACACUGUGAUGGCCCAGAGCCAGAAAAAGCCACAGAUUGACGUUGAAAUAGGCUACAAUAGGUUCUUCCUAGAGCCCCUGGGAGGAACACGACUUUGUCGACAAUUUGGGUUAACCACUCCAGACCUCUGACCUCUGGUUGUUAGGUGAGGCACCGAGCGGACGGUCGUUUGUUAUGGCAGUAAUAAGAACUAUCAUAAGAAGCUGGGCCUGUGAUCUCUGAAUUUGGAAGGUGUCGACAGAAGAAUCAGGAUUUCACGGUCAUUCUUAACUACAUAACCAGUUUGAGGUCAACUUGGGCCACAUGGCCCCCUGUCUCCAGAUCAAUAAGAUAAAAUAAUCUAAGGCUUGGAGAGAUGGCUCAGCAUUUAAGAGCACAGACUGGUGUUGCAGAGGACCUGGUGCCCAGCAACCACGUGGCAGCUCACAACAAACUGUAACUUCACUUCCAGGGGAUCGGAGUCCUCCCCCUGGCUUCCUCUGGCUCCUGCACACACACAGCACACCAGCUCAUGCAGGCUCACACAUGCACAUAAAAAUCAAAAGUGAAUAGAUCUUUAAAAAAAAAUAAUAAGGGGCUGGAGAGAUGGCUCAGUGGUUAAGAGCACUGGCUGCUCUUCCAAAGGACCCAGGUUCAAUUCCCAGCACCAACAUGGCAACUUACACCAUCUUUAACUCCAGUUCCAGGGAAUCUGACACCCUCUUCUGGCUUCCAAGGGCAUCAGGUGCACCUGCAGCAUAGACAUAUACGCAGGCAAAACACCCAUACACAUAAAACAUAUAAAUACGUUUAAAAAUAAUAAAAUAAUAUCUCAGGGCCAUACCCUGUCAGAUUGAUGUUUACCUUUUAUAUGACAUAGAACGCAUCAUUUUUAAUGUAUGGUUUGGUGUUUUUUUUUUUUUUUUUUUGGUUCUUUUUUUUCGGAGCUGGGGACCGAACCCAGGGCCCUGCGCUUCCUAGGUAAGCGCUCUACCACUGAGCUAAAUCCCCAGCCCCUGGUUUGGUGUUUUUUAAGUUCAUUCACAAGGCUGUACAAUCCUUACCACUGUCCAAUCCUAGAACAUUCCCAUCACCUUAGAAGAAACCUUAUACCUGUUAGUCAUUCCCUAUUCCCGCCACCACGCUUUUUGGCUCUGCAAAUAUGGCUAUUCUGGACAUGUAUGAAAUCACACGUUUGUCUUUGUGAUGUGCUCAAGGUCCUUCCCCAAAGUAUGUACCUUAUGUUUCUAUUUUUAAACUGCAUUUAGGGUGAGAGUGUGUGUGUGUGUGUGUGUUUGUAUGUGUGUGUAUGUGUGUGUUUGUGUGUGUUGUGUAUGUGUGUGUUUGUGUGUUGUGUGUGUAUGUGUGUGUAUGUGUGUGUUUGUAUGCAUGUGUGUUUGUGUGUAUGUGUGUGUUUGUAUGUGUGUGUUUGUGUGUAUGUGUGUGUGCUUGUGUGUAUGUGUGUGUUUGUAUGUUUGUGUGUGUAUGUGUGUUUGUGUGUGUGUUUGUGUGUGUAUGUGUGUGUUUGUAUGUUUGUGUGUGUAUGUGUGUAUGUGUGUAUGUGUGUUUGUGUGUGUAUGUGUGUUUGUGUGUGUGUUUGUGUGUUUGUGUGUGUUUGUGUGUUUGUGUGUGUUUGUGUGUGUAUGUGUGUUUGUGUGUAUGUGUGUAUGUGUGUUUGUAUGUGUGUGUAUGUGUGUAUGUAUGUGUGUUUGUGUGUGUAUGUGUGUGUGUUUGUAUGUGUAUGUGUGUGUGUUUGUGUGUAUGUGUGUUUGUAUGUGUUUGUGUGUUGUAUGUGUGUUUGUGUGUGUAUGUGUGUUUGUGUGUGUGUUUGUGUGUAUGUGUGUUUGUGUGUGUGUAUGUGUGCGUGUAUGUGUGUGUUUGUGUGUGUAUGUGUGUUUGUGUGUAUGUGUGUUUGUGUGUGUGUGUUUGUGUGUAUGUGUGUUUGUGUACGUAUAUGUGUGCGUGUAUGUGUGUGUUUGUGUGUGUAUGUGUGUGUAUGUAUGUGUGUUUGUGUGUGUAUGUGUUUGUGUGUGUAUGUGUUUGUGUGUAUGUGUUUGUGUGUAUAUGUGUGUAUGUUUGUAUCUGUGUAUGUGUGUAUGUAUGUGUGUUUGUGUGUGUAUGUGUGUGUAUGUAUGUGUGUUUGUGUGUGUAUGUGUGUUUGUGUGUGUGUGUAUGUGUGUGUGUGUGUGUGUGUGUGUGGGUGUGUGUUUAUGUGUGUAUACACUCCACAGCCACAUGAGGAGGCGAAAGGACAACUUGCAGGAGCUAGUUUUCUCUUCUACCGAGGUUUGAACUCAGGUUAUCAGGCUUGGUGGCAAGUGCUUCUCCUGGCUGACUCAUCCUCUCUUCCUCCCUUUUAAAUCUCUCUUUACUGUUGAAUGGUAUUCCAUUGUAUGAAUACACCACAUUUUAUUAUUUACCCAGUCAUCCGUUGAUGGGCGUGGCUAUUAAUACUGCUGUGAACAUUUGUACACAAGCCAUUGUGUGAACCUAUGUUUUCUUCCUCUUGGGUAUACAACCGGAAAUAAAAUUGCUAGUUUGUAUGGUAACUAUAAGUUUGACUUCACUCUCAUUCAUUCAUUCAUUCAUUCAUUCAUUCAUUCAUUCAUUCAUUCAUUUUGAGAUAAGUUCUCAAACGUAGCAUAGGCUGGCCUUGAACUCAUUAUGUGGCUAUAAAUGACCUUGAACGUCUGCUUCUCCUGUCUGCACCUCCCCAGAGUUUGGAUUACAGGUGCCGGAGUUUGAACCCAGGGCUCCAGGCAUAAUAGGUUUGUAUUCUGUGAACUGAGCCACAUCCCCAGCCUUACACUUAACUCUCCAAGGACCUGCAAGACUGCUCCCCACGGCCGCUGCUCCAUGGUGCCUUGUCCAGCAGCAUGUGUCAGGUCUGGUUUCCUCAUGUUCCCUCGAGCAUUUAUUCUGUGUUUCCAUACAUGGCUGUGUUCUAAGCUAUAGCCACAACCCUUGGUUCUGUUUUUGUUUUCAGGACAAGGUUUCCCUGUGCUGCCCUGACUGUCCCAGUAUUCUCCAUGUAGUCAAAGCUGCCUCAGACUCCUACCUAUCUUGGUCACCUCCUUUUUAUUUGUCUUAAAUGAUAUUUUGGAGUGGGGUGUGUGCAUGUGAGUGCAGGUACCUAUAGAGUCCAGGAGAGUGUGUCAGAUUUCCCUGGAGCUGGACUUACAGGCAGUUGUGAGUUACCUGAUGAGGAUGCUGGGAACAGAAGAACUCAGGCCCUCUGGAAGAGCAGUAUGUACUCUUGACAUAGCCAUCUCUCCGGUCCCUACUGUACAUUAUUAUUAAUCUGAAGGAGGCUGAAAAAGGGGGAGUUUCCAUGGUGACUUCCUUAAUGACCAAAAGCUGAGACCACACCCACCUUAGUGCUGCCAAGCCUCAGGAUUCUGGCUUCUCCCUGGGGUCUCAAUUACAAGAAAGUUCAGCAAAGCACUUGAGGCCUGUGUGUAAGUUGGUCAGGUUUGAGGGCAGCCCCAGGCCGAGUUAGAAUGGCCUGAAGUCUCAGAAGGGAACCAGAACAGAGAAAAUCCAGAGGUUUAGAUAAAGGAAAGGUAUGUCCUGGGCACCUUAGGUAUCAGGGGUCUGGGAGGCAGAUGGGGGUGGUUCCUGACUGGCUAGAUCUGCCACUUGAAAAAUCGGGCCAUUUCUGUCAGACCUGUUGGGGGAAGGGAAGGAGUUUGCACAUGAGGAGUCAGUCACACAGGCGGGUGCCUUAGGCCUGCAGGUCACCUGGUGGCACACGCCCUCUUAGCUACCCAGGAGACAACAAGUUCUCCACCGAGCCAGGAAGAAAAAUUUUCCAGGAGCCCUGGGCUCCCUGGUGACAGGGAAACGAGUGUUGUCAGAACUGUGUGUUGUCAGACGUCAGGAAUUCCAGCAGUAGGGCCGCAUUCCCUAGGACUAGCACGCUCACUGUACAGUGAAUAAGUUAUUACCAUGCUGCCCCAAAUCUACUGCUCUGGCAUCUUGACUAUUUUAAUCUAAAGGCCUUUGAGAAACAGCAGGUGCAAGAAGAGCACUUUGACCUUCCCUGUUCUUAAAAGUAGCAGGUGAGGGAUUAGGGGAGAUCGCUCAGUGGUAGAAUGUUUGUCUAGCUUGCACGCAUGAGUCCUGAGGCUCGGCCUCAGCACAUGUGAGUCCUGUGUGAGCCAGGUAUAGAGACAUAGACCUGCAAUCCCAACACUCUAGAGACUGAGGCAGGGGGAUGGAAACUUCAAGGCCACUCAAGGCUAUAUAAUGAGACCUUGUCUUUAAAGGAUAAUCUUAUUUGAAAAAUGUCCCCUUUGUUCCAGAAGGGCAGCGCCAUUCUCACGGUCUAGGAUGGGACUGUGAGGCCCAAGGAAACCUGUACAAACCUCCUCCAGCUCGCCGUCCUAACCCCACCCAGCUCAUCCUUCCAACCCAUGCCCCUUUGCCUUGUGACAUUUUCCUGAUUUACUUUUGUUUGUCCAGUUCAAUGCUGUGUCUUCCGGCCUCCAGGUCCUGCAUUCUCCUGCGCUACACUCAGCUGGCCUUCCUUUGCAUUCCUUCUAAUAAUCCACCGUAUGGCAGUUUAAUUCCCAGCCCCAGCCCACAAACCUCAGGGCAGCAGAGGUAAACCCUUUUCUCCCUUACAGCUGUACCAACAAGGAAAGCACUGAGAGCGAUGUCCUCCGCACGUGAGCCGUGCCCACUGACACAAGGAACAGCUCUGUGCUCUUUGGGCCCACGCAUCCAUCAUUGUCAUCCUCACAACAGCUUUGUAGGAAGGCCCUAUCCCUGCUUUCAGCAGUAGCACAUCCAGACUCACGAGAUGAGUAGCUUCACUGAGAGGACCCAGCUGCUAAGUAACUGGCCUCCUCCCAGGAGUGUGGCUGUGCCCGCCGCCAGGACUGCCAAGGAGGCAGUGAUCUGGAGUGCUGCUCCAUUCGAAGUAGGGGCUUUGACCAAGAAGAUACAGGGUAGAAGCUCCUAGAGCCCAGGAGUCAUGGCUGCUGAUGGACCUCACUACUACUAGCCUGGUUCUGGGAGCCACUGAAGAUCUUGGCUUCCUGUGACCCUGAAUCAGGUCUAAG